AUGUCUGGGGCGGAAGGGGCGGGGCUCCUGGCGGAAGUCCGUCGGCUCUGCUAUGUCUGGGGGCGGAAGGGGCGGGGCUCCUGGCGGAAGUCCAUCGUCUGUGCUCUACGCCGGGCCUCGAGUUCGGAAGGGGCGGGUUCCGCUGUAGCGGGAAGUGUGUACGGCUGGGCGAUGGGGCGGGUGCGGGGAAGCCGCGCGGGCGUCUGCGUUAGGAGCCCGGACCAGGGCCGCGGACUCGCCGACUACGUGCUGGGGCAGGUGGCCGACAGCCUGCGGCAGGGACCCGGGCCGGGGGGACGCGCCCCAUGGCGCCUUGCAGGCCUCUUCCGUGCCGGGACUCCGGGGCCGGGUCCUCUCUUCGUACCUGCGCCGCCGGAAACACCUAAGAAAAGGAAAGCUGAGGAGGAGGAAAAUAUGCCUCAGAGUAAAAGGCCAGCUUUGCAGCAAUGUACAAUUAAAGUGAAAGUGAAGAGUCGUCCUUCUGAAGCAGACAGAAUGUUGGCAAGCAGGGAAAGUGCUCUAGCGAGUGCUGACUUAGAAGAGACUCACCAGGAACAAGGGCAGAGAAGGAAAGUGUCUCGGCACAGUGUUAAAGCAGCAGGUGUAAAGGAGCCAGAGAACUCAGCCCUCAGCCUGGACGACAGUCAGACGAAGAAAAUCCGUGCCAACCCUGAAGAAGAGAGGUUGAAAAACGAGAGGACUGUGUUUGUUGGCAAUUUGCCCGUCUCUGUUAGUAAGAAGAAACUGAAGUCAUUUUUUAAAGAGUAUGGGCCAAUAGAAUCUGUACGAUUUCGUUCUGUGAUUCCAGCAGAAGGAACUCUUACCAAAAAGUUGGCUGCAAUAAAGCGUAAGUUUCAUCCAGAUCAGAAAAGCAUCAAUGCUUAUGUUGUGUUCAAAGAGGAGCAUGCUGCUGUUGAAGCGUUGAAAAGAAAUGGAGCCCAAAUUACAGAUGGAUUUCAUGUUCGAGUUGAUCUUGCAUCUGAGACCUCCUCUAGGGAUAAAAGAUCUGUAUUUGUGGGGAAUCUUCCUUACAAAGUUGAAGAAUCUGCUGUGGAGAAACACUUCGUGGACUGUGGAAAUGUCAUGGCUGUGCGGAUCGUGCGAGACCCAGUCACUGGAGUGGGUAAAGGGUUUGGCUACGUGCUCUUUGAGAACACAGAUGCUGUUCACCUUGCUUUGAAAUUAAAUAAUUCUGAGCUAAUGGGAAGAAAACUGAGAGUCAUGCGUUCUGUUAACAAAGAAAAAUUAAAGCAACAGAAUUCAAAUCAAGCUUUGAAAAAUGUCAAUAAACCAAAGAAGGGAGUGAAUUUUGCUUCUAAGGCUGCAGGACAUUCUCAAGGUGUAUUUAUUGGAGAAAAAGCAGUUCAUACUAAAAAGAAGAGACAGAAGAAAAGUGUACAAACUAAGAAAUCCAGAAAACAGAAGUAAUGGUCAGAAGCUGCCAGCUUGCUUCCCAUGGAGUGCUACUGGCUAGUGCAAGCUCCUGCAUGGAUUGAAGGGGAUGGGAAUGCCUCGUAUAUUGAAACAUUGUUUGUGUGUAGACACAUAUCUCAUGGGCUAUGUGUUGCUAAUGAUGUGAAAUGAUUUCAGGCCCGGAGUGAAUGCUUGCAGAUUUAUCUUUGACUUUAGUGUAUGUCAGAAGAGCCCAUGCCCCCAUCAUGUUUUUUCUCCCUAAGAUAAAGAUACAACAUGUGUAGAAUAUGUAGAAUGUA